AAACUUUACGAAGUUUGGACUGACAAACACUCAAAAAUACAAAUAGUCUGGAARAAAAGGUGAUAUUUGCGAUCAAUGUAGACCUUAUUAUCGACUUACAUCUAUAGGUAAUACAUCUAUACGUAAAGGUUGCUGUGAUCGGCUAAGAUUAUUAUUUCCACGGGGCUAAAAACAGCCCGAACUAAACUGCUCACUACGAAGUCCUUGAUGUAGAGGUCAUUUUAUGCGAGUAGAAAACUGCGUCACGACAUUGUGGUGUUUUCUUAAGGAUGUUUCUAUGAUCUGAGAAAAAAAUAGAGGAACAUUUGCAAGGAGGACCAAGAUCUACUGUCAGAGAACGAGUAUGGAUGGCYAGUAGCUUGGCGGACUUUAUCAACAAGUGAAGGGAUUCGAARAUGCCGCGGUUGAUCACACUGCUUUUUACUAUAUCUUUACUGAUUUUGGKAGUUAGAACUAAAGAAAGCCCACCAUCUUUUACUGACAAUCUGAGUACAUCGCCRUCUGACAGUAUAGGUUUGGUUGCAGAAGGAAAAACUGUUACAUUUUACUGUAAGGCUGACGGCUCURGUCARUUCACAUACUCAUAUAUAUCAACAGACUUAAAAGGUGUCUCAAAAAACUUGGAUGUUGAUUCAAGAUACACWGUCCACCAAGAUGGCCGCCUAGUCAUAACCAAUGCCCAGCAUGCAAAGGAUGAUGGGUACUAUUUUUGCAAAGCUACGAAUAAGUAUGGAACUGCUUUAUCCAAAAGAGCAAAGUUACGUGUUGCAUAUCUAACAGAUCCAAACAGCUCAAGAUCAGUUACAAGAACAGUCCGACAGCACUCAGGUUUUAAAAACACAUUUUCACUUACGGACACCUUCCCUGAUCAUCCCAAGACCUCAUAUUCCUUUACACGUUCUGGUGUGUCAAUAACAGAAAAUGACCGAAUUAGUAUCUCAGAUACYGGAAAUUUAUACAUAGCCAACAUACAGAUUGCUGACUUGGGAGUUUACAAAUCAAUAGUUAGGAAUUCUGUUACAUCUACACAGUAUUCAAGACCUGAUUUGGAUAUCCAGUUACAGYAUGCUCAACAACCAAGUUCAGUUAAAUCAACAAUAUUACUWGGCCCAUCUGACAAAGUCGCUGUUCACAACAAACAGCAGAAUGUGACCUUUGAAUGUUUUGCCACUGGACUGCCACUACCAUCAAUAACAUGGAAAAAAGAUGACCAAGUUAUCUCRAGUAACUCAAAGUAUGACAUAAAAGACUAUGACAAGAGACUGACAGUCAAAAACAUAGUGUCAAGCGACGGAGGAACAUAUUCAUGUCAUGUCAGUAAUCCAAAGAGUGAUGGAGCUGGAAAAAGAACAGCAGCACUUGUUGUUCAUGUUGCCCCAACAUGGAGUCAAAUCCCAACCAAUGCCACAGCCAAGAUUGCAAACUCGGUGACAUUCAGCUGUCUUGCCACAGGAACCCCAAUGCCUAAAUACACAUGGUAUCACAAUGGUGUACCAGUAAUCCAGGGCAGCRGUUCCAGGAARACCAUUAAUACCAACARCAAUGAGCUGACUAUUAGUUCUCUUCUAGAUACAGAUGGUGGUGUUGUACAGUGUGUUGCAGCAAAUGAUGCUGGUUACCUUAUCGGAUCAGCUAAACUCUCUGUUCAAGGCGGCCCAGUAUGGAUUGAUGUACCACCUAGAGACCGUAUAGUAACUGUAGGCAAGACCAUUGAACUACCUUGUCAGGCAAGGGGCAGUGUGACACCAUCUAUUAACUGGAAGAAAGAUGGAAUCUUAAUAGGUUUCUUUGCCAGUGGGUCAAGGUUUAAACUCAAAGCUUCAGGAUCAUUACAAAUUACAAACACGCAGAGGUCUGACACAGGAACAUACACUUGUAUAGCAACUUCACAAGGAAGUUAUAGGAAUGCUAGUGCUGAACUCAAAGUACUGAGUAUCACUAAUAUCACUUCUCCAUUGCCAARCACUAUCCCAGCCAUCAAGGGCUAUCCCAAAACACUCAAUUUCGGCGUCUCCCAUGACAGUCGUAUCACACUGACUUUCAAAUGGACCAAAGAUGAUGCGUUAAUAGAUGAUCAACGUAUUAAAGUUCUAUYGAAUGGCUCGUUAUACAUAUCACGUGUCCAAGAAUCAGAUGCCGGGAWGUACACAUGUGUUGUGAAUUCUAUACAUGGAAAUGGGACGACAAGUGGGCGGCUYGUUGUACAAGAAACUCCUAAAAGUCCGUCAAGACCUGUUGUUGUCACUAUCGAGGCAAUCUCGGUUCGUUUAACAUGGGAUCCYCCUGGUUACGAUGGCAACAGCCCCAUUAUAUCAUACAAUGUCGAGAACCAGAAAGAAUCCGAAAGCUGGAAACUUGCUCUUCAAAAUAUUAAUCCUUCUUCCAAAGUAUCAGCGGUUUUGACAGGUCUCAAGCCUAACACACGUUACAAGUUCCGUGUCCGUGCUGUCAAUGGCGUGGGGGUUGGUCUUGCUAGUGACGCCACAGCAUUUAUAACCACUAAUGAAGCUCCUCCGUCUCAGGCUCCCUCCAAUGUUGUUGGUACGCCUGCUAGUGCUGAGUCCAUACUCGUCCGGUGGAAGAUUCCACCAUCUGACACCCAUAACGGUGUCCUGAAAGGUUUUCGUAUCGCUUAUCGUCAGUCUGGAAUCCAGGGCAGCCCGUUUAGCAUUAAAAAAAUAGAUAAUGGCCUGGCCACACAGGGUACCAUCACAGGGCUACUGCGAUGGACUGAGUAUGAAAUUAAAGUCCAGGCAAAAAAUAAGGCAGGAUCUGGACCGUUUAGUUCUGUGGUGCUGUUGAUGACUGGAGAAGGAGCUCCUGGUGCACCAGUCCAAAACCUCAAGAUUGUUACCAUAAAUCCAAGCUCUGUUGAACUGCAAUGGSAACCWCCUCCACAGAAACAAUGGAAUGGAAAUCUCAAAUAUUAUCAGAUGCGAGCAUGGGAGCCAAGUAAACCCAAUGUAGUAACAGAACAGAGUGCAAGCCAUGACAGUAGUAAAUCUCUUCAAAAAGGAACCUUAUCACAGCUCAAGAAAUACACUCAGUACCAGCUGGUCGUUGUAGCUGUAAAUGGAGCAGGCGCUGGACCUCCAACUGAUAAACUAUUGGUCAAAACUCAACAAGAUGUCCCCGAUGCAGUGUCUUCAAUGAGUAUCUCGGAGAUCUUCUCGGAUGGGUUUCGCGUCAGCUGGAGUCAGCCUUCCCAAGUCAACGGUCAGCUUGUAGCGUAUGUCGUCGAAUGGUGGCAAAACGAUUCGAAGUCUCUAACUACGAAAACACAUCGAACGUCUCAUACAACACUUGCUUACGUUCCAACCGGGCUUAAACCAAGAACUCUKUACACUGUAGCUGUUGCUGCAGAGACUCAAGCUGGGAAAGGGAGUUCUAGUAUGCUGAAUGUAAAAACCGUUGACUCUCCAGUUAAACCAKAUGCGCCAUCUAAGCUCCAAAUAGUGGAAGCAAGAGCCUGGAAGAUUCUACUUCGCUGGUCCCCAGGGUUCUCAGGACGUGCUCCAAUCAAAGAAUACAAAAUCCAAUACAAUGACGACUCAUUCUUUGAUCCAGUGACKGCAAUUUGGAAGAUCGGCCUGAUUGUCAAAGAUGCACAUAGAGUUUACCAGUUGUUUCCUUUAGUUGUACCUAAUCUAAAACCCAAUACAGGAUAUCGGUUUAGGGUGAUUGCUUCUAAUGUUGUUGGCAGUAGUCCACCUAGUAACGUGUCAGACAAAGUUAUGACGCUCGAGACAGCGCCGUCACUACCACCAAGUGAUCUCACCGUGCAUUCAACAUCCGACCCAGGAAAAGUAGAACUACGAUGGAAGAUUCCUCCACAAGACUCGUGGAAUAGCGACGCUAUUGGAUACAGAAUUGCUUGUGUGCCAUCAAGCUCUUCGCUACACAUCACAACUGCACAGAUUGCAAACUCAUUCCAAAGUAAAUACGAUGUGGCGGGACUUUUGAUGAACGCUAAUUACAAAAUAUCAAUCAAAUCGUACAGUCUUAACGGAAAUGGAGAGAGUAAUACUAGCACUGAAGUGUUCUACACGACAUCUGAGGGAGCACCAGUCAGUCCCCCAACUAAUGUCCGCACCAAAGUUCUGGGCUCUAAAGCUAUCAGAUUAACUUGGGGUGCAGUAACCGCUGUUGGACGAUAUGGCAAAAUUAUUGGCUAUCAGAUUUACCAGCGGAUUGCAGGACAAACUCUCGAAACCAUGACAAGGGUUCCGGACGGCUCUACUUACUCCUUAAUCCUAUCGAAUUUGAGAAGUUCUGUUGUCUACGAGUUUGAGAUCUUGGCGUAUACCAUAAAAGGACUGGGACCUAAGAGUAGCAYAGUAAGAGCUAAGACCCUGGAGUCUGUACCMGGUCCACCAUCUCGAGUUCGCUUCUCACAUGUCGAGAAAGACUCKGUCAAAAUGCAUUGGAGUGCCCCUAUAUAUCCCCAUGGUAAUAUAACGGGGUAUCGUGUAGCGUAUCAGCGUAAUCAGAGCUCGGGUUCAUAUCUGUAUGACGACCCCAAUCUACCAGCUUCAAGGCGAGAGGAUGUGUUCCUGGGACUGGCUGUAAACACAUUUUACAGGUUUUUCGUUUGGGCAAAAACAAAAAAAGGAUGGGGCCCUGGAGCCGAGCAAAUGGUUUUUACCACGAAUCAGAAUGCAUUCCCUCCAGACACMCCGUUCAUUUUUCCUAUUCCUACCGCAUCCAUCGGUGAACGAUCCGUUACGAUAGAAUGGAGAAUCAAUGAAUACCCCUUGAGUCCUUACCGAUAUUUCACCCUCCAAUUCAACGCAAACAAUCGAGGCUGGUUAUACUACUCCAAAAACCUGGACGCAAGAUUGAGAACGCUCAAAGUAGAAGGCUUGUUACCAUGGACACGGUAUAGGUUCCGUAUCAUGGCAACCAAUGAUGCAGGUCACAGUCAAUACAGUACACCAUCAGAUGAAGUGACGACAAACCCUACAGUUCCAAUUGGUGCUCCUCGCGACGUCAGGAUCAUGGCAGAGUCUCCCAGGUCACUCGUUAUAAGAUGGACGGUUCCCGAUACUCAAGAAAUAAGUGGUAAACUACAAGGUUUUAAGAUCAAGUACAGAAAAAAAAGAAUGUCGUCGUAUAGAGAGUUACCUAACGUUUCUCCUAGUGUACGCAAAUAUACGAUAUCAGGUCUUGAUGUGUUUACGCCCUAUUACAUCAUAAUAGCUGUCAUUAGUGAUAAAGGAACAGGAAGGUUUACACCUGAAUUGCUUGGGACCACUGGAGAGCUAGCCCCAGGAAAAGGACCAACUGAAGUUAAGGAAGGUCCUGUUACCAAGACAACGAUAGUAGUAAAUUGGAAGCCGCCAGCACCGUCCAUUAACGGCCGUCUCCAAGGAUUUAAGGUUUAUUUCACAGGCGAAUUAAGAUCUCGGCGCCGUCGUCGAUCGGUCAUCGAUGAUUGUGAAUUGAGUAAAGAUCCAAGCUUGAUAGAUGUAGACAGACAUAAGACUAACGUCACCCUACGUUACCUACGUAAAUACGUUGAGUACAAGAUAUGGAUACGUGCGUACAACUCUAAGGGCGUUAGCCCCAGCAGUAAAGAUAUUAGAGUUACGACUAAACCUGAUGUUCCUGGACCAGUCAGAAAGUUCGAAUCUGAUUUAGUGUACAAUGAUCGWGUGCAUCUAUCGUGGAGAAAGCCAUGUGAACCGAACGGRGUUCUGGAGCACUAUGAAAUCAAAUACUACAAGAAAACUAGCUCCAUCAAACCAGAUGUGWUAGUCGAACCAGACAAGACAUCGUAUGUCUUAACCGGACUGGCCAUGCUCACUGAAUACACGUUUGAAAUCAGGAUAAAGAACAACAUUAGUUAUGGACCUUCUUCAUCGUUCAUUACAAGAACUAAAGGMCCUUCGGUAUUGCCAGGAACACCUGGAAAGCCUUUGGUUCGAGCAGCAAGUCACUCUGCCAUCCUUUCCUGGAGAAAUAGCCAUAGCGGAAAUGUACCAUUUACCAAGUUUGAAAUCCAAUGGAGAAUUCCUGGUCAAAGCGAUUUCAAAACCCACUUGACUAUUCCAUAUGAAAAAUUACAAACUAACAAAACGUUUGUGAUGUGUACUGUUGGUAAUCUAAAGCCAMRAACAUCCUAUCAGUUCCGUAUCAUUGCCUGGAAUAAGAUCGGUAAAUCUCCACCGUCCCCWCCCUCUGAUGUCACGUUUACAGGUGAUGGUGUGAUUCCCCCUCCGCUGCCAUUACAUCACGAAACAUGGUUCAUUUCUGUCACUGCUGUUCUUGCUGUAAUACUGGUCAUUGUUCUUAUUAGCAUUGCAUUUAUUUGUGUGCGGAGACGAAAAGAAAACAUGGCAGAACGGUUGAGCACGACAGGAAGUAGCAAUCGUAAUACUUUAGAAUUAAAGGACAAUCGACAAACAGGCUCGUUACCAGGACUUCACAUUGCGUAUCGAGACCCUAACGAAGAGUUACCUGAAGUAAGUAGUCUCGGAAGUAAAGAUGGGAUGUCAGAAAUAGAUGGAGCAUCGGGAGGAGAAAACUAUCUUGAUAAAGACCCCAAUAAACUGUCAUUUGUGGAUCACUACGCACACGAUCCAAAGCACCAAUCAUGGAGGACCACKUACGAUAACCAAGACGAUGCUGCGAAGGCAAAGUACGACGAAUACAUGAACGAAGCUGURCCUCUUCCUGAUGAUUUCCAAAAACCACGUUUUAAAUCAUUUUCUUCRUUGGAAGGCAAAGACUUCCCAGUCCCCCCUCCCCCAGCAUAUGAAAGUCACCCAGAAGACGAAGGCCACUGUUAUGACGAUCUUCCUGGGGAGUCCGUGACGUCAUUCAUGUCUCCCGAAUACGAGGCCAAAAAAACCAGGUCACUUGGACGACCAAAAAGUGCAAUGACGCGACAUAUACCAUAHGAUAGUGAUGAAGAUGUAGAUGUUCGAAAACAUCGAGGUUACGGAAGUCAGAAUCAACUUGAUCAACGUCCGCCUUAUCGAAGUCGUGAAGAACUCAGACAACCACAUCGAGGUAGUAGAGAACACUUCGAGCCAUCGUACCACAGGAAGCCCAGGAUGGACGGCUAUUCCUACGCUACGAUGCCACACCCACGCGCUUAUCCAAAACCAAGCGAAAUAUAUCAAAAUGUAUCCCAUAGUCCUAGUGGGCACGAGGGUGACGUCAGCUCGGAGGUGUCGUCGUCAAGUAACGGCGACCAACGCACUCCUGGUCGCUAUCCACGUGGACCAAAGCCUCGUUACCCUCCCAAACCAGAUUACCUUCCUAAGGAUCAAUCGAGAAGACGAAACAGGCCACCAAACUUAGUCAUACCACCCCACAAAUACCCGGACCAUAGCACAUCAUCCGACAGCCCUACAUCACCCAUAUCCCCUGCACCAUCGUAUCAUAGUAAUGAUGAAUACGACAACCGGUACCGGACAUUACCUGCCCGUAUCCCACCGCCUCUCGAGUAUGCAGAUGAAAGAUAUAACGAGCCGAUGUAUCAAAAUACGCUACCUCGACGAGAACCUAUGAUMGUGAUGAGACAAGGUCGYUCACACGAACACCUUAAUAGUAACGAGGUUCAGAUAUCACCUUAUCAAUCGUUCGUUUAGRAUAUUAUAUGAUCAUACAAUUACGCUACGAGCAGAGAAUCGCUCCUCGACACCUUAGAAAGAAAGAAAAGGAAAUUUACAGGGUACCGUUGGAGRAUAAGAAUUAAUUKUUGCUGUUGCUAUUUCAUUUUUUUACGGCCAUCUUGAAUGUCACUUCGAUAUGGACACUUUUGUAUGGUGAGAAGUAUCAAUUAGCAAGACGCAUUAGAACAGCAUUUUAUAUCACAUGUUAUUUAAACACCUGUAUAGUUUUAAUAGGAAUUCGAGCUGUACUCAUMAUUUUUAUGUGAAACUUCAUGACAAAUGUCACUGAACAAUCGAUUAUAGGAACUCUAUAAUAAUCGCAGUGUUGUUUUUUAUUUAGUCAAAUUUAUGAAACAAAUUUUGUGUUGAAAAGCUCUAACAUCUUCUAGAAAUGUCGUAAAAACAUUGAUUAUUAAUGAUCGAAUCAAAUGYUAGUUUCUUACUGAAAUAAUUAUGGGAAAUAUUGAAUAUUUUUGUAGUCAAGUAUAGAAUAUUGUAAAAAAUGUGUGUAGUAAAAAUAACUGAGCCCUAUCGACCUCGUUCUCAUGUUCUACGGAAGCRAGGCAGUGGUGACGGCUGAUUAAAUCUUGUUAUAGAGAUUAUCAGUCAGUGUGUAAAAUAUUGUAAUCUAAAUGUAGGUAUUUAUAAUAUCUUUUAGAAUGAAAUGUACAUGAAUUAAAAUUAGCAUUUUUAUCAUUA